CUCUGCCUCUUUCAGCUGUUUCAAACAAGCAAAUGAACAGAGCAUGGAUCAGAGAGAGCACAGAGAGGACGGAGCCCCUCCCUCUAAAACCACUCACCCCCCCAAAGCUCAGAGACCUGCUCCUGGGACCAGCGCCCACUCAUUCAACAGUGAUCGCUCUAAUGAUGGAGGGAUUGAUUUGAAAAGAGAACAUGGUCCACAGAUCCACCAGAAACAUCCUCCGUCUGAACCUGGUCCCAGCUGUGAGUCCCUCAGGAGUGACAGGUCUAUGAUACCGCCAAUAUCCUUCAGGAGAGAGCUAGGGGAGCAGCCGGAUCCAGAGGUCUCCAGUGGUCAGCACCAUCACACACAGCUGGACUCCAUAUUUAAGCUUCUGGAGGAGGACAUCUUCACUUUUGUCCAGAAGGAGCUGAAGAAGCUCCACAAGGUUCUGAGUACAGAUGAUCCAGAAGGUUUAGAUCCUGUGGAGGAUGAGGAUGAAGAGCAGAGGAGCUGCAGUGAGGCUGUUCUGAAGAUCACACUGAACUUCCUAAGGAGGAUGAAGCAGAAGGAGCUGGCUGAGCAUCUUUGGAGCAGGAGUUAUUCUGGAGUUUAUCGACGUAAACUGAAGUCUGACCUGCAGCAGAAGUUUGAGUGUGUGUUUGAGGGCAUCGCUAAAGCAGGAAACCCCAGCCUUCUGAAUGAGAUCUACACAGAGCUCUACAUCACAGAGGGAGGGUCUUCAGAGGUCAACCAGGAACAUGAGGUCAGACACAUGGAAACAGCCUCCAGGACACCAGGCCCAGCAGAGACAGCCAUCACAUGUGAAGACAUGUUUAAAGGCCCAGCUCACACACAUGGAGCCAUCAGAACAGUGCUGACAAAGGGAGUGGCUGGCAUCGGGAAAACAGUGCUCACUCAGAAGUUCAGUCUGGACUGGGCUAAAGGUGAAGCCAAUCAGGACAUACAGCUGCUGUUCCCGUUCACUUUCAGAGCACUCAAUGUGCUGAAGGAGAGAAGCUUCAGCUUGGUGACACUUGUUGGUCACUUCUUUAGUCAAACACAAGCAGAACUCUGCAGCUUUGAAGACCUCCAGGUGCUCUUCAUCUUUGACGGUCUGGACGAGUGCAGACCUCCUCUGGACUUCACCAAAACCGAGGCCCUGACCGACCCCACAGAGUCCGCCUCAGUGCACGUGCUGCUGGUGAACCUCAUCAGGGGGAGCCUGCUUCCCUCCGCUCGCCUCUGGAUAACCACACGACCCGCGGCGGCCAAUCAGAUCCCUGCUGAGUGCGUCUGCAUGGUGACAGAGGUCAGAGGGUUCACCGACCCGCAGAAGGAGCAGUACUUCAGAAAGAGGUUCAGAGACGAGGCCGACACAAUCAUCUCCCACAUCAAGACGUCCAGAAUCCUCCACAUCAUGUGCUACAUGCCGAUCUUCUGCUGGAUCGCUGCCGCAGUCCUGGAGCAUCUGUUGAAAAGUAGAGAGAGAGGAGAGCUGCCCAAGACCCUGACUCAGAUGUACAUCCACUUCCUGGUGGUUCAGGCCAAAGUCAAGAACAUCAAGUAUGAAGAAGGAUCUGAGACAGACCCACACUGGAGUCCAGAGACCAGAAAGAUGGUGGAGUCUCUGGGAAAACUGGCCUUUGAGCAGCUGCAGAAAGGAAACCUGAUCUUCUACGAGAGUGACCUGAGCGAGUGUGGGCUGGACGCUGCAGCGGCCUCAGUGUACUCCGGAGUGUUCACACAGGUCUUUGAGAAGGAGCCAGGCCUGUACCAGGACAAGGUCUACUGCUUCAUCCAUCUGAGUGUGCAGGAGUUUCUGGCUGCUCUUCACGUCUAUCAGACCUUCAUCAACACUGGGAUCAACCUGCUCUCAGAGAAAACACAGAAGUGUACAAUGUUGAGUGUGAAAAAAAAACUAAAGCAUCUUCAUCAGACAGCUGUGGACCAGGCCUUACAAAGUCCAAACGGACACCUGGACCUGCUCCUCCGCUUCCUCCUGGGUCUUUCACUGUCGACCAAUCAGAGCCUUCUACAAGGUCUGCUGACACAGACAGGAAGUAACUCCCAGACCGAUCAGAAAACAGCUAAGUACAUCAAGAAGAAGCUGAGUGAGGAUGUGUCUGCAGAGAGGAGCAUCAACCUGCUCCACUGUCUGAAUGAACUGAAUGAUCGUUCUCUGGUGGAGCAGAUCCAACAGUACCUGACAUCAGGAUGUCUGUCUGAAGGUGGACUGUCUUCUGCUCAGUGUUCAGCUCUGGCCUUCAUCUUACUGUCAUCAGAAGAAGAUCUGGACCAGUUUGAGCUGAAGAAAUACUCUGCUUCAGAGGAGGUUCUCCUGAGGCUGCUGCCAGUGGUCAAGGCCUCCAACAAAGCUCUACUGAGCAGCUGUAACCUGUCAGAGAGAAGCUGUGAAGCUCUGUCCUCAGUCCUCAGCUCCCAGUCCUCUAGUCUGACAGUCCUGGACCUCAGUCUCAACAACUUGAAUGACUCGGGGCUGAAGAUGUUGUGUGUUGGACUGAAGAGUCCUCACUGUAAACUGGAACAGCUCAGACUGAGCGGCUGUAACCUGUCAGAGAGAAGCUGUGAAGCUCUGUCCUCAGUCCUCAGCUCCCAGUCCUCUAGUCUGACAGUCCUGGACCUCAGUCUCAACGACUUGAAGGACUCAGGGUUGAAGAUGUUGUGUGUUGGACUGAAGAGUCCUCACUGUAAACUGAAACAGCUCAGACUGAGCAGCUGUAACCUGUCAGAGAGAAGCUGUGAAGCUCUGUCCUCAGUCCUCAGCUCCCAGUCCUCUAGUCUGACAGUCCUGGACCUCAGUCUCAACAACUUGAAUGACUCGGGGCUGAAGAUGUUGUGUGUUGGACUGAAGAGUCCUCACUGUAAACUGGAACAGCUCAGACUGAGCGGCUGUAACCUGUCAGAGAGAAGCUGUGAAGCUCUGUCCUCAGUCCUCAGCUCCCAGUCCUCUAGUCUGACAGUCCUGGACCUCAGUCUCAACGACUUGAAGGACUCAGGGUUGAAGAUGUUGUGUGUUGGACUGAAGAGUCCUCACUGUAAACUGAAACAGCUCAGACUGUCAGGUUGUCUGGUCUCAAAGAAAGGCUGUGCUUCUCUGGCUUCAGCUCUGAGGUCCAACCCCUCCCAUCUGAUAGAACUGGACCUCAGCUACAACCAUCCAGGAGACAAAGGAGUAAAGCUCCUGUGUGCUCUACAGGAGGACCCCCACUGCACACUGGACACUCUCAGAUUUCUGUCAUCUCACUCUGGAUCCAAACACAGCUCACAGAAAACUCAAACUGUCUGACAACAACAAGAAGGUGACACGUGUGUGGAAGGAGCAACCGUAUCCAGAUCAUCAGGACAGAUUUGACGAAUGGGAACAGAUUCUGUGUUCCACUGGUCUGACUGGUCGCUGUUACUGGGAGGUCC